UGUCCAUUUUUUUUUAUCAAUUUAGCAGGAGGGAAAGUACUUUGUGGAAAUGCUGCCGGCACUUAAACGUUCUCAUAUUAAAUUAUUUGUGGCCGUUGCAUUAGUCAUUAGUUUGUUCAUAAUACUAUUGAGGUAUUCAACUCUCCCAGUUUUAACAGAUCAGCUUAGCAAAAGGGUCCCAAUGAAAGUAAUUGUAACGGUGUACUAUGAGGCGUUGUGUCCAGACUCAAAGUAUUUUCUUGCUAAGCAACUGCUCCCAACAUUUAAGAUCGCAAAGUCAAUUAUGGAAGUUAAACUUGCACCGUAUGGCAAGGCAAAAACGAAACGAUACAACAGUAAAAUUACUUUUGAAUGUCAGCACGGACCUACGGAAUGCCAAGCUAACAUUUACCACGCAUGUGCUGCUGAGAUAAUUAAAGAUCCACUAUUGCGACUGGAAGUAGCAACCUGCAUGAUUACGGACAAUCGUUUACCCCAAGAAGCCAUGUAUAAGUGCGCAAAACAAAACAAUUUUAACGUUACCGUCAUCCAAAGUUGUUUCGAAAGUAAACGUGGUACGGAUUUACUUAAAGCGAUAGGAGAAGCAACUCAUUUACUAAGGCCUCCUGCUACAUUUAUUCCAACAAUCACAAUAGAUGGGUCCCAAGGAAGGCAAGAAUCAAUAUUAAAAGACUUACUUUCUGAAGUCUGUAAAGCAGCUGGAGAUUCAGAAGAAGUUAAAGAUGUAUGCAAAAAUUAAAAACUAAACUUAUACUUCUUGCUGGGUGAGAUGGGGGUUGCUGUCCUGGAAUUUUCCUUUUGGGCUGAAAUAGAAACACUCGAAAAAAAGCGAA